AUGCUAAUAUAAAUUAUUUCAUCAUAUUUAACAAACUAGACAAAAUAUUUGAAAAAUUCAUCGGAACCAUUUUAAGAAAUGUUCCUCAUUUAAUUUCGCAUUAUCUUAAAAUUUAUAACUUUUUAGAAGGGAGGUAUUAAAAACAAUUGAGAAUUAGAAGAAAAUACAGCUAAUUAAGGGAUUAUUUUUUACCUAAAGUUAAUUGAAUUCUACAAUUUAAGAAGUAUUAUUAUCAUGAAUUAACAGGCUUAAUGAAAAAGUUCAAUCUCUUAAUAAAUAAGUUUAAGGCGGUUGGAACAAGAAUAAAAUUUAAUUAUAUCACCAUAAAUUAAAAGUCUUUAGAGUGA